GCCUAUUAAGAAGGGCUGCCGCUGAUGGACAUAGAUCCUACACUAUCAACGGUUUCUUUGGGCCAUGUCAGUGGCAGCAUCAGUGAGAGGGAUUGCCUCCAUUCUGUCUUCUCUACAGAUAACACAAGUGGCCUUAGAGACAGCUAAGAUAACAUCGCACAUUUGGGCUGCCCACCAGCUGAACUUGGCUGGGAGACUAGUGCCAGGACACCCGUCUGUCAAAGCGGGGCUCCUGGUGCUGUUAAUUUUUCUUCCAAGUACUUUCUGUGACAUAGGAUCUGUAUAUUACUCUUCCUAUGAAACGGUCAUCCCCAAGAGACUGCCAGUCAAGGGGAGUGAAGAUCCCGGAGGAAGGGUGUCCUACAUGCUGUUGAUGCAGGGCCGGCAGCAGCUGCUUCACCUGGAGGUAAAGGGAGACCACUCUGCGAGUAACUUCCCAGUCUACAGUUACCACAAUGGCGUCCUGGGGCAGGAAGUGCCCCUCCUCUCGCAGGACUGCCACUGUGAAGGCUACAUGGAAGGGGUGCCGGGCUCCUUUGUCUCUGUCAACAUCUGCUCAGGCCUCAGGGGCAUCCUGAUCAAGGAGGAAACAUCCUACAGCAUCGAGCCUGUGCUCUCCUCCAAAGAGUUCGAACACAUCCUGUACACUGUGGCACAUCAGCCUCGCGUCUCCUGCAGUGUCAUUCCCAAAGACAGCCCAGGGGACACUGGCCAGCAACAGAGGAGCAGGAGACCCGAUGGCCUGCGGGAGCUGUCUGACUUGUGGUCACACACCAAGUAUGUGGAGAUGUUCGUUGUGGUCAACCACCAGCGGUUCCAGAUGUGGGGCAGCAACGUCACUGAGACGGUCCGGGCAGUAGUGGACAUCAUUGCUCUGGCCAACAGCUUCACUAGGGGACUAAACACAGAGAUGGUGCUGGUGGGCGUGGAAGUCUGGACAGAGGGGGACCUGAUAGAGGCCCCGGUGGACCUGCAGGCUACACUGAGGAAUUUCAACCGCUGGAGACAGGAGGAGCUCCUGGGCCGUGUCAGGCAUGAUGUGGCACACUUGAUCGUCGGGCAUCACCCAGGAGAGAACGAGGGCCAGGCGUUUCUAGGUGGUGCCUGUUCUGGUGGGUUUGCAGCGGCUGUGGAGGCCUUCCAUCAUGAAGAUGUCCUGCUGUUUGCGGCGCUUGUGGCCCACGAGCUGGGGCACAACCUGGGAAUCCAGCACGACCACCCAGCCUGCGCCUGUGACCCUAAGCACUUCUGCCUCAUGCACGAGGAUAUCACCAAGGACAGUGGCUUCAGCAACUGCAGCUCUGACGACUUCUACCGUUUCCUCCAUGACCACAGAGGGGCCUGCCUGCUUGACAGGCCUUGGCACCAAAGCCGCAAGCGCAGAGCUGCCCGUUGUGGAAACGGUGUGGUGGAGGAGACAGAGGAGUGUGACUGUGGUUCUGCUUGUGACAGUCACCCAUGCUGUGAGCCAACGUGUACACUGAGGGACGGUGCAGAGUGCAGUGACGGCCUCUGCUGCUACAAUUGUAACUUCAGAAAGAAAGGGGCCUUGUGUCGUCCUGUUGAGGAUGUGUGUGACCUCCCCGAGUUCUGUGAUGGCCAUUCCCAAGAAUGCCCUGUAAACAGCUACAAGCAGGACGGCACGCUAUGUGACAGGAUUUAUUACUGCUCUGGGGGUUGGUGUAGGAAUCCUGAUAAGCAAUGCACAAAGAUCUAUGGGUAUCCUGCAAGAUCUGCCCCCGACGACUGUUAUAUUUUAAUGAACACCAAAGGGAACCGGUUUGGAAACUGUGGCCAUCCCAGCACGGCUAACUCAGGAUACGAAGCGUGUUCUGAUGAGGAUAUAUUUUGUGGCAAACUGGUAUGCACUGAUGUUAGUUACUUGCCACAAGUCAGACCCCUCCACACACUUCUCCAGGUUCCUUAUGGAGAUGACUGGUGCUGGAGCAUGGAUGCCUAUAACACCACUGAUGUUCCAGAUUUUGGAGAUGUACAGGAUGGUACUUACUGUGCCCCUAACAAAGUCUGCACGGAGUCCUUGUGCACGGAUCACACGGUGCUCCAGUACGACUGUGAACCAGAGGAAAUGUGUCAUGGAAAAGGAGUGUGCAACAAUCUCAGGCACUGUCAUUGUGAUGAUGGUUUUGCUCCUCCCGACUGCAACAGCCCAGGAAAUGGGGGCAGUGUGGACAGUGGUCCUGUUGGUAAGCCAGAUGAUCGAAACUUGAGUUUAUUUGUAAUUUUCGGACAAGAGAGGCCUAAGAUGGAGGAUGAUGAAGAUGUAAACAUGGAAGUGGUGCUGCUUGUGGUCCCUAUAUUUCUUGUCCUUUUACUGUGUUGUCUGAUGCUGAUCGCCUACCUCUGGUCUGAAGUACUAGAAGUGGUAUCUCCAGAGAGUUCAUCAUUGACUUCAACAGAAUCCUCAGAAGAAGCUCCUCCUCGAGGGGCUCCACCCCCUAGGAGGUAUUAUUGA